GGAAAGCGUUCUUGCCAGUAGUGCGCGUGCGCAGACCGAGGAGCGCUGUGGCGAGUCCCGGGUCCGCGGAGUUCGGGUUCUCCCCGCGUGUUUCGGGCGGGAGGCCAGAAGAUGAGCACCAGGGCUUGGUGGCGUUUUCCUGCACUGCUGACCAGAACAUGCACAGUACCACGGGGACUUGGGCUUUGGGAGACGCUGGCACUGCUGUCCCCAGGAGUAGCCCCCACUGCAGUGCAGAUGGCCGGCAAGAAGGGCUGCCCAGCGCUGUGUCCCCUGGAUGAGAAUGAUCUGGAAGAGCAGUUUGUGAAGGGGCAUGGUCCAGGGGGCCAAGCCACCAACAAAACCAGCAACUGUGUGGUGCUGAAGCACAUGCCCUCCGGUAUCGUGGUCAAGUGCCACCAGACAAGAUCUGUUGAUCAAAACAGAAAGCUAGCUCGGAAAAUCCUACAAGAAAAAGUGGAUGUUUUCUAUAAUGGUGAAAAGAGCCCUGUUUACAAAGAGAAACGAGAGGCACAGAAGAAAAAGCAAGAAAGAAAAAAAAGAACAAAGGAAACUCUAGAAAAAAAGAAAUUACUGAAAGAACUAAGGGAGUCAAGUGAAAAUGUCACUGAGAAAAGAACUGCUGAUUCUGACUGAAUCUACAAGAAGUUUCCAUGGAGGUGGCGGCAGCCAGGCCUCUCUCCUAGUGAGUUUGCAACCUCAAGCUAGCACCCACACAGAUGAGAAGCCGCCAGUGAACGUCAGCUUGUGUGCUCAAGAAUAAAACUGUAGUGCUGGGAACAUGGCUUAGUGCCCCGGGUUCAAUUCCUCAGUACUAUAUAAAUGGAAAAAAAGGCUGAAGUGGCACUG